AUGAGUUCUCUACGACCUGACUGUCAGCUUGUGUCCCUGUUCUGUUCCCUCAGCUCCGUCCGUGGUGACGUUCUCCUUUGACGUGGAAAACGGGCCGGUGGUCCUGGCCAUUAAGUCCCACGUGCCCCUGAAUGACAGGCAGUGGCACUACGUGAGGGCGGAGCGCAGCGUGAAGGAGGCCUCUCUGCAGGUGGACCAGCUACCCCUGCGCUUCCUGGAAGCUCUGUCUGACCGACACCUCCGCCUCCGGCUCAACAGCCAGCUGUUUGUGGGUAGGACUGGCCUGGCCUCAUAGCCUUAGUCUCAGUCUCAACAGUCAGCUGUGUGUUGGUAGGGCUGGCCUUAGUAAUGUAAUAUAACCCCCCUUAGGAAACCAUUUAUUUCAUUAGACAGACUUUAAGAGUGGCCUUUCCUCUGACAGGUUCCACCAGAGAUAUACUAUUGUCUCGGUACAGUUGCUAUCUCAGGAGUUACGAUAUUCUCAAAUAGACAGUAGGUCAAAGUAUGAAUGAUCAUUAUGAUUAUUUCACAGUCACUUUCUGGUUAUACCAAGGCAUUACACACAUUAAUGGGUUUCCUAUAAGACAUUACCUAUAAGCUUUCCCUGAGAUUAAACCUUUGGUUGGCCAUAAAUCUUGAUUUGUCAUUCAGGCGCGUUACUGUUUCUUCUGCACAUAAUGUUUGGAAAGGUCUGCCCAACGCUUCAUCCUAAUAGCUAUUCUUCCAUAUUUGCAUAUAGUUAGUCUUAAUGAGGCCUCUCACACAUGAAUAGUUCCAGAGUUGUCUGCUUACUGGAAUUAAAUCAAGGGUUGCAGUAAAGCAGUGGGCUUCUUUAGCCUCUCAGUGAGUUAUUAUGUAUUGUUAGGUUCUGAAUAACAAUGUAAAAACCGACGGACGACUAUUAAAGCUCAAACCAAGUUUAUUCACCCACUGGGUCACACAGCUGCUUGAGACAAAGACAUGUUUCCACCAACACAGAUAUAUAUACUCCAAUUUAGGUAAACUCCUCCUUCUCUCUAAACCUUACAUUGUUUAUUGCUAGGCAGGAAGUUAAGUGAUGUAAGUAAUAAACUGUUCCUUCUCCCUUAACGUGACCUGACCUAUCCUCAACCCCAUUCCUCUCCAAUCCAAAGCUCUCCACCCGUAUCAGCGACUGCAAUCAUGUGAUUGCCUCUCCUCUACUCAGUACAUUCCAAAGCCCCCUGGCUCCUAUCCAACCUUCAUUGACCCCACCAUAUACAUUCCUCCUACAUAUAACCAUUAACUUCUGGUGUAUAAACCAGACUAUAGUAUAACUGAUUAUUAACAAUAUUUAAAGUUUAGAAAUCCGAACCGAUCAGUAUCAAGACUAGACUAGAAAUGUGUUAUAACAUUGUUAUAGGCAUUAUGAACUAGUUAUAACUUGCAUUCCCUUCUCUAAGAGGAACAGCAGCUAGUACUCAGUGGAAUAUGAUGCAUUAUAUACUAGUUAUACAUCUUUAAUAACACUGUAAUAAACAUAUGAACUAGUUAUAACCUGUGGUCCCUCCUCCAGGGGGAACGGCGGCCAGGCAGAGGGGCUUCUUGGGCUGCAUCAGAACUCUGACUAUAAACGGUGUGACCUUUAACCUGGAGGAGCGGGCUAAGAUGACCCCGGGAGUGAGCGCUGGCUGCCCCGGCCACUGCAGCGGCUCCAGCAGUCUCUGCCACAACAGAGGGAGGUGCAUCGAGAAUAACACCGGCUACGUCUGUGACUGCUCCCAGUCUGCCUACGGGGGGCCCUCCUGCAAGGAAGGUGUGCGAUGAUAUGCCCCCCCAAAAACUAGAUGUAAAUGGGUUCACUCAUGAUAUUGUUGUUUAAUGAAUUAUUUAAUGGAAAAAAAAGACUUAAAACACAUAAGAAUAGACUUACAUUUCCAAGUAAAGAUGGAUCAAGUAUCUAAUGCAGUUGGUACUUGGUACUCGCCCCAGGUCCUUGUCAUACUGCAUGUAUUAUACAGUGGAAUGAUGACAUUCAUAUGCAAUCGGUACUGUACAGCUCUCCUCUCCACUCCCGAAAAGUUUCUGGUCUUUUUUUAACCUUACCAGGUUUUAAACCCUCCCAAUCUAGAACAAAAAUAGCAACUCUUGAGCAAAAAUCUUGAUGUAUCCACCGCCGCAUGUGUUGGAUUCUUGGAUGUGGUUCUUAGCUUAUUUUUCUCUGAACCACUGUGUACACUUGUACCUGAGCCACUUUCAGGUUAAAUAAAUUCUUGCCUUCAAUCAUUCUUAAGGAAAAAAGCAAUAUUGACCUAUCUUAACCCUUUUCUGAAGAUGCUCCUUUAUUUCCAGCAUCUGCUCUUGUGUGGGUGGCCUUCCAUUAUUUAUUCUCUUUCCACUAAGUCAUUCUAUUUCGUCCAAUGAAAUUGACAGAACGUUUAUUCGUCAAGAAUGUUUGGGCCAAAACAUUUGUACAUGUUUAUUCUGACUGGUGAUUAGGUUAGGGCUAAAAGCAGCUACAACUUAUACAAUUUUGAUUAACAUUAUUUGCGCUCAACAGUUAAUCUUAUGAAUUCAGUGUAUUACAGCAUGACUACCCUAAUGUCCCAUCCUCUCUCUCCCUGUCCAUGCAGAGGUGUCUGUGUCGUUUGACAGAGAGUCGUCGGUGACCUACACCUUCCAGGAGCCUUUCUCUGUGAUGCAGAACAGGAGCUUCCAGGCCUCCAGCGUCUACAGAGAGAACAGCAGGGCCAGAGAGAACAUGGCUCUCAUCUUCAUGACCACACAGAGCCCUGCCAUGCUGCUCACUGUCAGCACCUUCAGCCAGCAGUACAUAGCAGUCAUCCUGGCGCGCAACGGUAUGGACACCUCUACUACUCAUUUGUCAGUAGUACAAAUAAUGUAAUCUUUUCUGAGGUGUCCAUUUACACCUCAGUGCAUUUGGUAAUGUGAGUGAAAUUCAAUAUGCUUCGAACAUAUUUGCAGAUUUAUAUUUAGCCUCAGACGGGAAGAAGUUUGGACUCCACCAAGGCUUUAGCAAAGGGUGUUAUAAUGACUCCAUUAACUGGCAGAGGGCAACUCUAAAUUCAGAAUGUAAUCUCAUUAUAUGGAAGAGAGUGCUAACUAUUGGGCACUAUUUAUUCCAGCGGAGUGUUUUCUCUCAUUGUACCACACAGCAAAGAGCUGAAAGAACCACAUUGCCUUGCACAACUCUCAACACAAAGAAUACCAUUUGUUUCAUAGAAAGAUGGAUUUAUAAUCCCUUCACAAGGAUGGAACAAGUAAUGUGUCAUGUUUAGAAUAUUUCCAUCCAUCACAUAACAGACAGGAAUAAAAAAUUUUAACCUUGACAGAUCCAAGUUCAGCGACGCGUCUAAGCCUAUUCAGCCGCAUCCAUAACGAAGCCUUGAUCACGCACCUUAGACCUCUAAUCUGACAGCCGUCCAAGUUGUACAGAAAGCAUCAAGCCCACCGGCAUCGUGUUGAGUGACGCCCUGUGUUUCUUUAAGUCUUUGCUCUUUUGUUCAAUCGGAGCGUGUGGAUGAAUCACGCCUUUGUAAAUAUGGGAGGAUCAGGAGGACACUUCAUCCAUGGUAAUCUCGGGCACCCGGGCACUGUCAGGGGGUUCUCAAACACAACAUAAAUCCCUUUGCCAACCGAGCUGGAAUUGUAAUAUUGACCCAACUUCACUUGAUAAUGCAAAGCUCUCUGCCUCUCUGAUCUAGUGUGGUGUGUGUGUGGGAGGAACAUUUGGUGCAUAUUGACAUAUUCAACACAGGGCAAAGAGCUUUAGGCUGCUCCAGGAUACAUAUUUAUAUCUAAAGAGGUAACUGUGGGGGCUUCAAUAGAGAAGUCUAUUUAUAUAUAAACUGCCAACUCUCUCCAUUGUAUUUCAGUCAUAAUGCUAUUUUCGUUUAUAAGGUUCUCUUAAUUCCGAACUCAUUUCUAUUGAUUGAUAUGCGUGGGGCAUUUAAUAAAAUAAAAUAAAAGGUUCUUAGGUGAAGGUGAGGUGAGCCACCUCAUGAGAUAAAUUUAGCUAUUUAAAUGUUUUUAAUUAAUUAACAACUCUUGGGACAAUCUCAUUGGCACAGCUCAUGGAAAAUGCCUGUAUACAAAGAAACAAGGCAAUAAUGUUUACAAAUCACCAUGAGGGCAACUGAUGGUUAUUUCAAAAUAAGUUUUCAUGUUGGUGCAUACUUUAGCCAAAAUGGUAACUGGAGAUAUUUGCACAGUCCUCACAUUGACUUCAAUGCAUGACUUAAACAAGUCCAAUAGUCAACAACUUAGGGUAGGUUUCAGAUAUUUUAAUGCAUAGUUUUCACCCAGUUUGUGUUGUGGUCUACAGGGAGUCUCCAGAUAUGGUACCAUCUCCAUGUGGACAGGAGGACAGAUGUGUUCAGCCCCAGACCCACAAGCCUGGCAGACGGACGCCUCCACCGUAUCAGAAUCCACCGUGAGGGAAAAGACGUCUACCUACAGGUGAGCAAUAGAUACAUUUACAAAAGGUGUAGAUCCUGUACAUUGUAAUUCCAUCACAACAUAUGGGCAAGUCAAUCCUCAUUGAUUGAUUUCAUUCUUACUAAUAGCCCCCAUAAAUAUUUGUCUAGUGAAGUAUUUGCAUAUGAUCAGAGUAUGUAUUCAACUAUUACCCUACGAGGUCCAGAGCCUGCUGGUUUUCUGUUCUACCUGAUAAUUCAUUGCACCCACCUGGUGUCCCAGGUCUAAACCAGUCCCUGAUUAGCAACAAUUAAAAAAAUGCAGUGCAACUAGCUUCGAGGUCCAGAGUUGAGUUUGAGGGUAUUAGAGAUACGAAACAGCAAAACACUAAUACUCAGUUAAUUAAGAAGAGACAUUUAAAAACGUUUUUCUUUUUUCUACUGUUCUACUCUGAUUUUGCCACUAUCUCCUGUAUUCCUGACCCUGAGUUGGCUCUAAAAAAAUGUAUCCUCCAUAUUUAUUGCUUUGGCUGAUAAACACGCCCCUUUUGAACAAAUCAGAGUCAAAGAUAGAUCUAACCCUUGGUUUUCUUCGGAGCUAUCUGAGCUCAUUCAGAUGAGAUAAUCAGGCCUGGGCCAAAGCAAGGGAAAACUGACUCUCUAUUGGACUGGCAAUCAUUCAGACAAUUGAGAAACAGAUGUACUAUCUUGAUGAAGAAAGCUAAAUCAAGACACCUUUUAAGCUCUUUCUCUGACUCUGCUGGUGUUCCUUCUAAAUUUUGGAAAAACAGUAAAUGCACUGAAGCAUACAAAUUCAUCUUCUUCCCUGCCUAAGCAAGUUCUGUCUGACUCUGGUAUCAUAACUGAGAAGAAUGGGAUAAGUCAUGCUUUUAAUCAUCAUUUUAUCUCGGCAGGCUUUUUAUCUGAGAGAAACUGUGGUUUAAUUGACCCUGGACAGUCAAUCGACUGCUCUUCCCUCUGCCAGCCUCUAGCUGACUCGGCGGUUAACCCGUCAACUUCUAGUGAAUCUUUGUUUUCAUUUCAACAAUUUACUAUCUGUGAUGUGCUAGAUACCUUGCUUAAGAUUGAUGUAAAAACAAAAAUCAACUGGGGCUGAUAUGCUUGAUCCAUUUUUGAUGCAUCUCUCUGAUUGAUGAAUCAUUAAACCAUAUUCUUAAAGUGACGAUUAUAUCUGGUACUAUCUACAAGGUUUGGAAGACAGCCCAUGUACUCCCCCUUCACAAAGGUGGUGACCUUUGUGACCUAAUUAAUUAUCGCCCUGUUUCCAAACUUUCUAUAGCCUCGCUAAAAUAUUAGAAUCCUUGAUUAAUUCUCAGCUAAGAUCUUUCUUAUCUUUGAAAUGCAUUCUAACUGUACAUCAGUCGAGUUUUAGACCAGGUCAUAGCACUAUCUCUGCUGCAUCCCUAGUUAUAAAUGAUGUGGAUAACUUUAUGGAUAAAAGGCAACAUUGUGCUGCCCUCUUCACUGACCUGUCAAAGGCUUUCCAUACUGUUGAUCACUCACUGCUAAUUCAGAGGCUUUCCUCAAUUGGCCUAUACCAGGCUGCAUGUAACUGGUUUAAAAAUUACUUGGCAGAUAGAACUCAAUGUGUAUCUACUGAUGAUGUUAAAUCAGGUUUCCUGGAUAUUACGAAAGGUGUCCCGCAGGGGUCGAUUCUGGGUCCUGUACUUUUUACUGUUUACAUUAACAACAUCGACUUGUCUGUAAGAAAAUUGUAACCUGCACUUGUAUGCCGAUGAUACUGUUGUGUAUACUAUUUUCCCCCGUGGUUGACCAGGCUUUAUCUGAACUACAGUCUGCCUUCAUUGUGUUACACAAACACUCUAUUGACCGAAAAUUAGUACUGAAUGCAGGUAAAACUAAAUAUAUGUUGUUCUCUAGAGCGCAUAGAAAUAACUGAUGAUUUAAGCAUAUGUACUUUGGAUGGUGUCCAUAUUGAUCGUGUCCCUGCUUACAAAUAUCUGGGCAUGUGGAUAGAUUAAAAACAGUCUUUUAAAAAGCAUAUUGAUGAGUUAGUUAAGAAGCUGAGAAUUAAAGUGGGCUUCUAUAGAAAUAGGUCCUGCCUCUCGCUAAAUAGUAGAAAGCAGAUUAAUCAGUCGACAUUCCUAUCAAUCCUAGACUAAGGCGAUUUCAUCUGCCACUUAAUUAAAGCCGUGAGUUGCAGUUUAUCACAGCGCACUGCGCUUUAUUAUGGCCGUCAGUUUUAGUACUCAUCACUGCAUUCUCUACCAGAAAGUUGGUUGGCCAUCUUUGAUGUCACGUAGGUUGAUACAUUGCUAUGUUUUCAUUUAUAAAGCUCUUUUACAAAAAGUCCCACUGCACCUAACAUCUUUACUAACUUUAGACAUACGAGUUACCACACCCGGUCUCAGGGAUGGUUAACUCUGGUCUCUACUGAUUUAGGUAAAUCAGCUUUUAGUUUUCUUGCACCUUAUUUGUGGAACAAACUUCAAAAUGUUCUUAAAUGUGAUGUUUUGGUGCCUCUAGGUCAAUUCAGAAAGCUGAUUGAGGACCUUAUUACUGAUGAAUGCGUUUGGUUUUCUUUCUGCUAGCAUCUUGUAUUUAUAUUUUGAUGUGUGUACUUUCUGUAAUUUAUGUAAUUCAGGACUCAUCUGUAAAAGAGACAUUGGUCUCAGUAUGACUCCCUGAUAAAAUAAAGGUGAAAUGUUUUUGUUUUUUUACAAAUGUAUACUGCUAUGAAAGUUGGUACUACAGCAAAACUGCAGCCAUUUAGAUGAAAGAACACGAUACUCAAUCCAUAAUGUAUUGAAAUGUCAAAUGGAUUUGUAGUUCCUGUAAUCCUCAUUUUAUUAUUUUAUUAUUUUUCACUUUCCCCCAGAUCGACCAGGACAUCCACAGGAAGUACACCCUGUCAUCUGAUGCAGAGUUGAUCUUAAUCAGAUCCUUGACUUUGGGCAAAGUCAUCGGUAAGCCUUCCUAUGAAAUUAUACUGCCACGCAGGGAGCUAUUUUAAAUAAUGAAAUGAGGAGAACCAUUUAGUGGAACCAUACUAUAGUGAUACUGAAGAUGCAUGGACUGUGCCAUUUAAUCAAGUUUAGGUUUUUACACGUGUGCUGUUUUUGACUUAAUGUUGAACUGCUCACACCCAUUUCCCCAAAUGUUCUAACCCUGUCUCAGAAUAGCUUUUGUAAUCCCAAACUUGCAGAUUUAAAGAUUUGACCGUCAUUGCUGAAGGAUAAUUAUUUUUAUAUCCCUCACUGCUGUUGCCAUAGAAACCUUUAUCUUUAAUUCAGGAGGGAAAUAAGGCUGAAUCUAAUACAGGCUGAAUAAAGAUUCAUUGAUGGAACCUAAAACGGUGCUGUCAGAUAGCAUAGAAAGGUUUUCAACAAUAACCUAAACAGAAAGCAAACUCUCUCACCUCCUCUCCCUCGCUUUCCCCCUCUAAUGAAGAUAUAUUAAAAAUGCUCUGCAAACAUAUCUUCCCCAAUGACUAAUUUGUACAUCAUGAAGUAUGUUUUGUUUGUUUUAGUUUUCAAGAGGCCCAUUCUCUUGUGGAUCACUUUCCAGUGGGAGACUGCAGCUAUAACGCUUCAAUGUUAAUUCUGUAUAACAGGAGGUGAGAAUUUUGAUGAGGAAGUGAUGCAGGCAGGAUCGAUGGGCUUCAUUGGCUGCCUGUCAUCCGUCCAGUUCAAUCACGUGGCUCCGCUGAAGGCAGCGCUACUGAACCGUGGCAGCUCAUUGGUCAGUGUACGGGGUCACCUGGUGGAGUCUAACUGUGGGGCGCUGGCUGACUCAACAACCUCACACCCACUCUCAGGUAUGUGCUGCUGUUGUAAAACACAGUCUCCACUCAGCUAACCUGAUAAAACAAGUAAAUGAGAUCCUUUACUCUGCCACGGCUGUUCAGCUUUCACAGCGGAAGCCAUUUGGAGCUAUGUGGAAUCGACUGUGGAUGUUCACAGUCUCGCCUCCGGCUUAAAGCAUCAUUAUUAAGUUUUCAGAUGAAUCAGGAACGAGUCAACAAUGAGCUAAUGCCUGCCAGCCUAAUGGAACUUUGGUUUUUCAUUGUUAACGCAGUUACACAAAUAAGUUAUCUUCUGCCACAUACACCCUGUUGAGGAACAUCCAUUUGCUGCACAGCUCGUUCACUCAUUACUGAAAGUUAAUGAAUGAGCUUUACUUCCAGAUCAAGCUGCGAAACCAAACAAAGAUCGGGAGCAGCGUGGUAAUGACAGCCGGCGUGAAUCGGCAGUAAUAGGAGGUUUGUUUCUCUAUUUUGUCUUAAUUUAUUUUUCUGGUGUUAGUAUAAAACAAGUCCCAGCUGUCACUUUAUUUCACUUUCUUUCUUUCUUUCUUUCUUUCUUUCUUUCUUUCUUUCUUUCUUUCUUUCUUUCUUUCUUUCUUUCUUUCUUUCUUUCUUUCUUUCUUUCGCUCUCGAUCACUCUCUCACCUUACAAUGGCUGUCACUCUGAUUGUUACAGCUGCAAUAUGUAACUUUUUUGAGCUACCUGACCAAAUUCACAUAGAAAUGUGUGUUGUAUAUCUGUCAUUUUCAUUGAAAGCAAGUCUAAGAAGUGGUAGAUCUGUUAUAUGUGCACUAUUUCUAUGCUUCCCUCUCUUAAGUUUCGUUUUUGCGUCUUCUACUUCCAGUUUUGUAUAGCACCUUCAAACAGCUGAAAAUACAAUAUUUUUGAUUAUGGAAAAUAUAUUUCACAGCGGUGUAGAUGGUACAAUGAUUCUCUACACUAUACUUGCUUGUUUUGUCACAUAUACUGAAAUUAAGUUAACUAUUAGAAUUUUAGCAACCAGGUAAUGGCGCAGCAAUUUCUGCAUAGUGCAUCUUUAAGUCCAGGAUAACGUAUUUCUAAUAAAUUGAGAGGUACCAUGAAAUGAGUCAUGACCCCAGCCCCCCUCAGAUGUUAUAACUAAAAUGGCUGCCCUUGCUCCCCCGCAGGUGUGGUGUCAGCAGUGGUCUUCAUUACUCUGUGUGUAGUGGCGGUGAUGACCCGUUUCCUGUACCAGCACCGGCAGGCCCAGAGAGACGCCAGCAUCAAGGAGAAGGAGCACCGAACCAACCUGGAAACACCCUACCGGAGAGAAGCAGCCUACCAGACAGAACUAGCCUAUCGGACAGAGCUCCACCUCCAUGACAGUCAUAGCUCCACCCUCAGGAACAACAGGGAGUACUACAUCUGA